UCAAUUUGACACUGACUGACAGUAUUUUUCUAAACAACCGACGCUGUUCGCGUACGGUAUACGUUGUUUUCAUCUUGUGCUGUUUUUAUGAAGCGUGUUUGGUGUAGUCUACGAAACCAGAUCAGAACUAUGGCUAACAUUCCUCCAAGGAAAAUUUCGCCAUCCAGCAAGCCUUCUAAACAGGAUGCCUCGCCGCUGCAAAUACUUUUACAGAUGGGUUUUCCGAGACACCGGGCAUUGAAGGCGUUAGCUGCUACGGGGAACCGCAGCGUGCAGUUGGCGUCGGAUUGGUUGCUGACGCACGUAAACGACACGUACAUCGACGCGGAGGAGCCCCGCGAGUACAUUCUGUACGCGAACCCGACGGGCGCGUUGCUUACGCAACUGCAUGACUUCUGGGCCAAGUCUAAAAAGUUGGGAGGGUGGAAUGGAGCUCAUAAUUUUCCCCCUCAUAUUACACUAGUCUCAUUUUUUAAGGCACCUGACGAGACGUCCCUGCAACUGGGUAAAGCAGUGAAAAGUGUUAUAGAGACAGUGGGGGAUCCCCCGGCCUGCCCUCUGAAGCUUGACCCCUACAUCUCACAGAACUUCAUGGGGCUCUUCGUGUCCGAAGAACAUGCCGAGUAUUUGAAGAAGAUAGCAGUCCAGUAUGUUAAGCAAGUUUCAACCUUAUUGGGUGUAUCCAUGGAUACAUAUGAACAUUUGGAUGCAUUGGGGACAUGUUUCCCCUGGUGCACCAUGCCCCAAGAAAAACCAAUUAAAUCCAUUAAUUUGGAGGCGCACGUGAAGUCCCUUCACAUCACGCUGGCGUACCACUUCGAGGUGGCGGCGUUCGACGGCCUUAAGGCGCUGGUGGACGAGCUGCAGCCCCUGGAGACAUCCAGCUGGGAGCUGCGGCUCUACUCCAGGGAUCCCAAGUUCGCUAAUCACCAGGUGCACAAAGUGACGCAGGGCUACUCGCCGCUAGCGAGCGACGAGCUGGAACUGGUGCUCGGGGACUACAUCUACAUCGAGGAGAAGGCGUUCGACAACUCCCCGGACGGCUGGGUGCCUGGUACCUCGUGGCUGACAGGCGUGAGCGGGUACUUGCCGGCUGUGUUUACGCGGCGCACGGCGGAGUCGGACGCGUGGACGCUACACCGCGCUAUAUCGCUUGGGAACAACAGCGGCUCGGAUUGCAAGUCCGAAUCCGACUCGAACACGGACGGGGAGAUGGCCGGAUACCCCCACGAGGACGCCACGCAACUAGGACACGAGAAGUCGGAGGAGGUCUACAAGGAGUGGCAGAAGUACUGGGACGUGGUCAUGACUGAACAGAGGAGUGGCAGUAUUAUACACAUUACGCAGGGUGAGUGUAUCGACUGGAAAUCAAAUACACAAGGAACUGGCGAUGGAGAGGCAAAAGCUAAGCCAGACCGGCGCUGGUUCUUCGCGAUGCGUCACGGCGAGCGCGUGGACCUCACGUACGGCUCCUGGGUGCCCUUCUGCUUCGACGAGGCCGGCAACUACGUGCGGAAGGACCUUAACAUGCCGCUCAUGCUCAGCGACAGAGUGGGCGGCUGCGAUUCGUACUCCAAAGACACCCCUCUAACGCGGGUGGGGCGGCUGCAGGCGUCGCUGGUGGGCGAGGGGCUCCGGCUGGCGCGGCAGCGCAUCUCGCACGUGUACGCGUCGGCCGCGCUGCGCUGCGUGGAGACGGCGCACUGCAUGCUGGAGGGUUACCAAAAUCCGUCGCUGAAGGUGAAGGUGGAGCCAGGUCUGUUCGAGUUCAAGAACUGGCACCUGCCCAAGGGCAUGGCUCCUUUCAUGACGCCGCACGAGCUCCACAAAGCCGGACUCAACGUUGACCUGAAUUACAAGCCGUACAUAGACUUGGACAUUACCACAUCAGAGACUUUAGAAGAUUUUUAUAAAAGGAAUGAGCUAGUUAUGCAUUCGGCGGUCAAGGACACUGAAGAAGAAGGCGGCAACAUAAUGUUCAUCGGUCACGCGGCCACGCUGGACAUGACGGUGCUGGCGCUGAAGCGGCUGGGCGGCGCCGGCGCCGCGCAGGAGCCGUACGCGCUGAGCCCGGCGCUGCUGCGCGUGCCGUACUGCGCGCUGGCCGCCCUGCGAGACCGCCCCUGGCAGGUGGUCUGCCCGCCCUGCCCGCCCUCCAUCAACUCCAGCUCGGGCAGGUUCGACUGGAAGAUACUGUUAGAUUUGUAAAUUGUGAUGUUGAACUAACAAUAAGUGAGAUGUUUGUGUUAGCUGUAUCUGUAUCUG